AUUACGUUUCCCGCUGAAUGGCUUUUUUGGUGUGGUUUGCGUUAAUUGACUUUUAGCACUGAUUUAUUUAUCAUAACAGGAGGUGAAAUGUUAGUGAUACUUCAUGAAUAUUGAUCAUCUAAUGGAAGAUGUUAUAAAUAUUUGACAUAACUCUGUUUAUAUGAUUUGUCUAUGGUGGAAAACUGUGAAAUAUUUCUUCUGAAUUAAUGGCAACAUUUGUUUCCAUCAUUGCCUGGAAUAUUUGCUAAAGUAUUUCACAUUAUGUUUGGAGUGGAGAUAUCUGCAAAGGUGUUUGUAUCAUCUUCAGGUAUUGAUGAAGAUCGGAACUGCUGGAAAUAACAGCAAUAGAAACAUAUAAAAAAGGAAGCAAAAUUAUAUUUUGUGUGUGUAUACUAUAGAACAAUAAUGAAUCCUCAAGAGAUGACAAAAGAAAGAGAAAAAUUAUCACACCAAUGUGAUAUCUGUAAAAUGACUUUUUCUAAUCAGGGAAAUCUCACUGUUCACAAAUUCAUUCAUGCAGGUAGGAAGCCAUAUGACUGUGAUGUCUGUGGUAAAUCAUUCUCUCAGAAAAGUAACCUUACCUCUCACAAAUCCAUUCAUACAGGAGAGAAACCAUAUGAAUGUGAUAUUUGUUGUAAAUCAUUCUCUCAGAAAAUUCACCUUACUAGACACAAAUCCAUUCACACAGGUGAGAAACCAUAUCAAUGUGAUAUCUGUGGAAAUUCAUUCUCUGAUAAAUGUCACCUUUCUUCUCACAAAUACAUUCAUACAGGUGAGAAACCAUAUCAAUGUGAUAUUUGUGGUAAAUCAUUCUCCCAUAAGCACAUCCUUACUUCUCACAUAUCCAUUCAUACCGGAGUGAAACCUUAUCACUGUGAUAUUUGUGGUAAAUCAUUCUCUCAAAGGACUGGCCUUUCUUAUCACAAAUCUGUUCAUACUGGAGAGAAACCAAAUCAGUGUGAUAUUUGUGGUAAAUCAUUCUCUCAGAAAAGUAGCCUUACCACUCACAAAUACAUUCAUACAGGAGAGAAACCUCAUCAAUGUGAUGUCUGUGGAAUGUCAUUCUCUCAAAAAAGUAGCCUUGAUUCUCAUAAAUACAUUCAUACAGGUGAGAAACAAUAUCACUGUGAUAUUUGUGGUAAAUCAUUCUCCCAUAAGCACAUCCUUACUUCUCACAUAUCCAUUCAUACAGGAGUGAAACCUUAUAACUGUGAUAUUUGUGGAGAGAAAUCAUAUCACUGUGAUGAAUCCUUUUCAUCAAAAAGUCAUUUAACUACUCACGAACUCACUCAUGCUCAUAAGAGGCCAUAUCCCUGUGAUAUUUGUGAUACUCGUAUAAAGGAGUUUUACGUGAGAUACAUCAUGAAUAUUGAUCAUGUUUUGAAAACGAAUUCUGCUCAUACUGGAGAGAAACUAUGUGACUGUGAUGUCUGCAGCAAAUCAUUCUAUUGUGAAUAUGCUGUAUAUACUUAUAAACGUAUUCAUACAGGAGAGAAACUCUACUGCUGUGAUACCUGA